CACUUGUCAGUUGUCAUUCUUCUAGCAGCUUCUAACUUGUCACAUGCAAUAAAUGAACGAAAACUGGGACUUUAUUAGGUGGGCAUCGGUCGGCAAUUCUAUUGGGUCAGUGAGUGAGCAUCCAGGUCAAGCAUUAAAUUAAAAUAGAAUAAAAGCUGACCAGUUCGUCGGCAGUACCUAACGACGCCGCAGGUAGAGAGCGAAACGGACGGAGGUUUCAGUCUUCUUCGUGAGCGCCAGCGAUGUCAGUGUGGCAGAGCGAAGAGCAGCGUUGCGCAGUGGUGCUGCGCGAGGUGCUGGCGUGGCUGGCGGGCGCGGACGUAGCGCGCUGCGGCGCGGUGUGUCGCGCGUGGCGCCGCGCGACCGACGACCCCGCGCUGUGGCGCCGUCUGCUGCGCCGGGAGUCGCUGCUGCCGCUGCCGCGCGAAGCACGAUGGCGGCAGGAGUACGUGCGCGCGCAUGCGGGCUGGCGGCUGGCGGCGCGGCAUGGCGCGGGCGCCAGUGUACUGCACGGGGCGCUGGGCGCGGGCCACGGGGGCACGCGCUUGGCGGUUGGCUGUGCUGACGCUAGUGUGGCGGUGUGGGCGCGUGGGCCCUGCGGGUGGGUGGAGCGGGGCCGCUCGGCGCUGCGGGGGCGCGGCUGGGCCGCCGUGGCGCGCGUGCAGUGGCCCGCGGUGGGCGCCGCGCGCCUCUUGGUGGCGGGCCCGUUGACACUAGUGCAUGACUGGGAGUUGCUUGUGCUCUCUGUUGAAGAGGACGGCUCGCUGGGAGCCGUGGCCAGCCGCGUCCGCUGCAGCGCUGGCGCCGCGGGGUGCUGGGCCGACACGCUCGGACACACCUUCUGCUCGCUCGAGCUGCGCCGCCUCGGGCCCGGCCUCUACUGCACCACUGUCUGGCUCAACGCCGCCACGCAGGAAACUGAGUCUGAAUAUGAAGGAGUGACAUCACCAAUGCUGAGAAUUUACAACGAAGAAAGCCAGCACUUGACGCACGCGGUCGUGACGCGCAGCGAGCCGCGCCUUCUGGGGGCGGGCGGUGGCCGCCAGCUGGUGGCGGGCGGCGGGCGCCGGCUGGGCGCCUGGCGC